CUCUACUACCAGGUUUUAAACUUUGCCAUGAUCGUGUCCUCUGCACUCAUGAUAUGGAAAGGCUUAAUUGUUCUCACGGGCAGCGAGAGUCCCAUCGUGGUGGUGCUAAGUGGCAGUAUGGAGCCGGCCUUUCACAGGGGAGAUCUGCUGUUCCUUACAAACUUCCGGGAGGACCCCAUCAGAGCUGGUGAAAUAGUUGUUUUUAAAGUUGAAGGAAGAGACAUACCGAUAGUUCACAGAGUAAUCAAGGUUCAUGAAAAAGAUAAUGGAGACAUCAAGUUUCUGACUAAAGGGGAUAAUAAUGAAAUUGAUGAUAGAGGCUUGUACAAAGAAGGCCAGAACUGGCUGGAAAAGAAGGACGUGGUGGGAAGAGCGAGAGGGUUCUUACCUUACGUUGGUAUGGUCACCAUUAUAAUGAAUGACUAUCCAAAAUUCAAGUAUGCUCUUUUGGCUGUGAUGGGCGCAUAUGUGUUACUAAAACGUGAAUCCUAACACGAGAAGCCGUCCCUGGGACCAGAUUGAAAUGAAUUCUGUUGAAAAAGAGAAAAGCUAAUAUAUUUGAAAUGUUCCACUUUCUGUAUAAAGGGAAACCAGGUGGAGAUGUUUUUGUCUUGUCCAAAUAAAUGAUUCACCAGUAAAGAUG